CUCCGGGAGUCGUUUUUUAAAUCACCACAGCCUUAACAAUAUAAAAUAAAAUUGGUUCACGUGUAUCAUCGCAUGCACAGUCUGCAUGUCGAUUUAAAUUAAUGCAACAGUGUCCGUGUUCACUUAUAAUGAUACUGGAAAAAUAUAUGAAAUAAGAAUAAGCCAUUGAAGAUUAAGGCAUCCCAUGCAGAAUCGAUGUGUGCCGACGUAUAAAGGUUUUCAGUCGUCAUUUGUGCUUGUACAUGUGCUACAUGCUCGACUGCGGUAGAACUGCGGGCUUCCUCAGCAUCAGCAUCUCCAUCGAUUCGCGUCAUUUAGGAGACUAGAGUGCUUUGGCUUGCAGACGAGGGCACGGUACGAAUCGGUUUGAAGCAGCAGACAUAGAUGUUGAACCCUGCAUGGGAGAGGCGAUGAAGUCUUAUCCAUCAGCAGAAGCUUGUAUGGUGUUAUUGUUUGGGACAUGUAUGGUGGGUGUGGUCACUGCCACAAAUCCAUAUCAGAAACCUGGAUUCUUUGACUUUGACUCCUGGUUCUGGAAUACUCCUCGAGGACCACAGAUGUUUGCCUGCAUCACCUACAUGGAGAAGAAUCUUCAGAUUGAUUGUGAAUUCCCAGAGACACAGAAGAUCCCCGGGCCAUUCUGCGAGUUCAAACAGGAUGGGCGACUCAUGGGUUCUACCUACCCUAACACUCCGGUCCACAUGAUCCCACCUAUUGAGACUCGAAGGCGAACAAAUGUCUCUUUGGUGCAACCUAACAUUUGUCGCCUCACCUGGAUGCCUUUGUCUGAUGACCGUGCAUACAGCUACACGUGCAGGGUUUAUCAGGGCAGCACCUGGAAAGAGAACAGUAUGGCAUACCAUCAAAGAAAUCUUCUGGUGUGCUCUGCAUUGAGCAUAUUGUUCCACACAGGACCAUGGAUACAUGGAGUUGUGAUAUCACUUUCUGUUUCUCUUGGCCUUCUGUAAGGAUGACCUGUCCAACUUCCAGCACUCUAAAACUUAAAGCCAUUCUCAUAUAUUAUUUUCCUUUUACAUUUAAAUGUAGAUUUGUAUUUAGUUGUUUUUGCCAUUUUAUAUUGUUAUGUUGACUAUUUGCAUAAUUUUAUGCUUUACAGACCCACUUAAAGUUUCUAUGGAGCUCAAAAUCAUUACAUCAUUAGGAUUCAUUAUAAAAGAACAAACUAGAAAUAGAACACGAUGCACAUUACCCACCGAAAUUUAUUGAAAUGUGUAGUUACUUGAUUUUCCUAUCCAAACAAACACAAAUAUUGCAACAGUUCUAUCUAUGAUAGAAUGGCCUGAAAUGAUCAUUUACAGCCAAAUUAGUAUUGAUGAAUGUGGCAUGCCUGAAAACUGAAGACUUGUAUGUCAAUUGAGCACUUUGCAUUGUAUUCAUUGGAUGGCACCAAAAAAUAUAUUCAGAAGUUUGAGGUGGUGAGAUGGCAUCCAAAACAUUUAUCACCUAAAUUAUUCUUUAUUAUCAUAAAUGUAUAUUUUUGUUUUGAUACAUUGAACCUGUAUACAAUAUCCAGUCAUAUGCUUCCUUCACAAUUCAUAAAAAUCAAUAAUAGAUUUGCUCAAUAGAGUAAAAUCUUUAUUGCUGACAUUUUUUUAUAUUUAUAAAAAAAUUAUUGAGUGAAAUCAUUGUAAGAGUAAUCUGAAAACCUUAUUAGUUGGCUAGUUUAUCGAUCCAAGCAUUAUGUUCAGUGCAAUAUGCAUGACAGUGCUGCUAUAUACAUUAUCAUUGCCAUAGAGCCUCUGUUUGUUACCUAUAAAAAGACUGCUCUCUCUGAGGAACAUCCCCACUGCCAACAUAUUUUAUUCCAACACUUAAACCUGAUUUAGAGUCAGAACUCAUUAUACUGUUCACAAAAGCAACUCAAGGACAUUUUCAGUCAAGUUUCAAGGCAAAGAAUGAUAUAGGCGUGGUAAAGAAAACAAGUACAUAGGAAUGAUAGUAUUAAGGCAAUAUAACUAAGCGUGACAAAGUAUAUUGAUGUACUCAUACAUGUAUUCAUUUAUGUCUUAAAUUGCACUAGCAUGCACAGUGCAGCUGCUUAUGCACACACUUCACUGCACUGCCUGCUUCAAUACAAAGUUAAGCUACUUUUUGCACAUGCUUUCUUGCAUAAAACUUAGGUCCCUUAGAUUUGCUUAAGGUGUCACAAAACUAAGCUUUUGCAAUGUCUGCAAUGUUUGAAUUAGGCUAUGUGUUUCAAUUUGGGCAUAAUGACUUACAAAGAUUGCAUAGCAAUAUACUCAAGCACUAAAAUGCACAUUUCAUGCACAUAUACAUGUGAGGAAAACUGUCUCUUUCCCUUUGUCUCUCUUUCUGAAGGAUCUAUUGAGAAAUGUCACAGGAAACAAUAAAGGAAAACAGAGUUU